AUGGCCCAGCUGGGAGAAAUAGGAGGAGUGCCUUAUUUCGAGUUGCCGUCUACUUCUAAGACCUUUUCCACCUCAUCUGAGUAUUACUCUGCCUUGGCCGACAUGCACCUACAACACCUUUCGUUCCAGCGCAAUCAGGCCGUCAAAUCAUCUGAAGACUGCCGCAGGAAAUAUAUAGCCAGACAACUCUUCCGCGGAGUAGCUUCUUCCAAACAUGGCGUUGGCUCGCCCGACACAGAUAGCGGCCCUUUCAAGCUAUGGUGCGACGACUUUCGGCCGGCCAAUAUUCUCGUGGACGCCGACCAUCGUAUCGUCGGUGUCGUCGACUGGGAGUUUACCUAUGCCGCCCCGGCUGAAUUCUCCUACUCCCCACCCUGGUGGCUUCUCCUCGUUAUGCCUGAAGAGUGGCCAGCAGGGCUAGACGACUGGGCCGCUAAGUACGAGCCGCGACUUAAGACCUUCCUCCGGGCCAUUGAGGCCAAGGAGCGCGACUUCAUAGACCAAGGCCGCCUCGACCAGACACAGGUGCUAUCUACCCAUAUGCGCCGCAGCUGGGAGACUGGUGACUUCUGGCUCGCAUAUGCAGCACGUAAGUCCUGGGCAUUUGACGGUAUCUUUUGGAGGACCCUCGACCAACGCUUCUUUGGGGAUAAUGUGGGCGGUCCCAUGGAGAGGCUAAAGCUGCUACCCCUGAAACAAGUCUCGGCGAUAGAAGGGUUCGUGGAGAGGAAAAUGCGUGAGAAGGAAGAGUCAAUCGCAGAUGGGUCCGAGAUGGAACGACACUAA